AUGUCGCUUCUGGCAGUACGGCAGUCAGGUGUACAGGCAAAGGCUGCACCACCCCGUCUCAUUCGAAGCUCCGCUAGCGAAGAGACCAAUCUCUUGUUUUCAUUCCAAACCGACGUGAUUGGUCAAACCAGCAAAGGACCCGCGCACGAAAUUGGACUGCGCCUAGCGAACACUAUAUUUGUCAAUGGGAGGGAAACAACAAUCUUUGGUAUGCGCUGGCUUUGGGAUAAAGACUCAAACGGAUAUGCUCUGGACAGUUCGAUCGAUCUCACAAGCUGCAUGGUUACGGCAACUUCCCAGGCCAUCGAUACCGCAUUGGAAUUGCCAUUGCAUCCAGUUACUGAACGACGAAGAGUCAUGACUAGCAUGGGAAACAUUUUACGGCAACUAGCAAAAUCAACGGAUGCGACAUCGACAGACACAAUACCUGCUUCGUCCGAACUCGAGAAGGAACUUCCCCGCUAUAUCGCAGAACAUAAUAUCGUUGACCAGCGUGUAUCCGUAUGGGCGCUUGUUGAGAAACCUGACUUGGAGGUGACCGAUCCAGGUUCGUCUACCCAGGAUCGCUUGACCCAAUCUCUGCGACAAGGCGGGAAACUGCACCAUGUCAUGAGUGGUGGGGGUGGAUGGGGAAAGAAGCAAGGCCUUCUUUCACUGGAUCCCGAGGUCACCUUCUCGGGGACUGCCAAACAAGACGAACUUGUCGCACUGAGUCAGGUCUUCGAUCGUGAUACCACCGCACAGUUGGACACACUCCCUUCUAUUGACAAGGGAAUCGCUGUAGAUGAUUUAUCUCUCCUCUCACAGGUGGCUACUGCAGGUGAUUAUAUUCAGUUCUUUGUGUCGAUACAACCAACUGGGCCACAGGGCAAAAUUUCAGGCAAUCAUGACUCGCAGGAAGAGCCUAUCAGCUAUCAAUUUGGAAUGGUAGCUGACUCCAUAGAACUUGAGACACAUGAAACGGAAGAGGACAGUAAUGGGAUCAUUUCCUUGCCUCGUACCUUUGGUGCAUUGUCCGAGAAGGCGAUUGCCUACUCACAGCCCAUCAAAGGAGAAACCGCAUCAGAGUCGUGCACAAAGCUGAACAUUCCAGGAUCUCGAGUUAUUCUAGAAACUGUAUAA